AUGAUUCGUAGAAAUGUAUUGUUGGGCAUCGCGAUGUCCACCGUUCUCGGCGGAGCCAACGCAGAGACCUAUCCCAGCAAGCCGGUCACGUUGGUAGUGCCCAGCGCACCAGCCGGUUCGACCGACAUCGUGGCACGACUGAUUGGUGAGCAGCUGCAAACAGCACUGGGACAGGCGGUUGUAAUCGACAACAAGCCGGGCGGAAGUGGAAACAUUGGCACAGAGUUCGUUGCGCGAGCUCCCGCUGACGGCCACACCCUGUUGGUGCAGUACUCUGGUUAUCACGUUGGGAAUCCUGCCUUGUUCUCGCAGAUUCGCUGGAAGACUUCUGACUUCGCUCCCAUCGCACUCGUAAUGCGCGCCCCGCAUGUUGUGGCUGUCAGCGGUACCUUGCCAGUGACGAAUCUCAAGGAGUUCAUCGCCUAUGGUCAGAAGAACUCCAAAGGACUUUUCUACGCAUCCUCGGGAAAUGGGUCGAUUCAGCACAUCGCAGGGGAGAUGUUUGGCAAGCAAGCCAAAGAUGCGAUAGAGUCGUCCGGCGCUGAUGCCCGAUGCGUUUGA